CGCAAUUAAUUCACAUCUUCUAUUUUCUCUCUGCCCUUUUUAAUUUCUCCACCAAUGGCUGGCCGGAUCUCCGGUGGUGCACAGGAAGUUUCCGCCGUCGUCUCCAUAGAAGAGGAAGAAGUUGCGCCGUCUGGUUCCGAUGUUCCGACUCCUCAAGAGAGGAAAAUGUCGUGGCAAAAUCUCCGGCGACACGACUCCUUGUAUUUAGAGUCCCGUAAACUCCAUGGUCGCGAUCACUCCGAUGCCGACAAGAAGAAAUGGAGUGUGAUAUUACAACUAGCAUUCCAGAGCAUCGGAGUUGUGUACGGAGACAUUGGAACCUCGCCGCUCUACGUGUACGCCGGCAUCUUUCCGAAGGGAAUCAAGCACCAGGACGACGUUUUAGGAGCGAUGUCUUUGAUCUUCUACACCUUAACUCUCAUUCCAGUCAUUAAAUACGUGUUCAUCGUCCUCAGAGCCAACGACAACGGCGAUGGCGGAACCUUCGCACUGUACUCUCUGAUUUGCCGGUAUGCGAAAGUAGGGCUGAUUCCAAACGCAGAGAUGGAGGAUGGAGAGGUGUCCAAUUACCAAUUGAAUUUGCCGAAUCGGAGACAGAAGAGAGCUUCGAGGAUUCAGUCGGCGCUGGAGAACAGCCAUUUUGCGAAGGUCUUUCUUCUCUUUGCGACGAUGCUCGGAACCGCCAUGGUUAUCGGCGACGGCGUUCUCACCCCUUGUAUCUCAGUUUUAUCUGCUGUGGGAGGGAUCACGGCGGCAACCCCUGCAAUGACAGAAGGAAGGAUUGUUUGGACUUCAGUAGCCAUCUUGGUGUUUCUGUUCAUGGCUCAAAGAUUAGGAACCGACAAAGUUGGCUACACUUUUGCCCCAAUCAUCUUCAUUUGGUUUGCUUUCAUCGCUGCAAUCGGUGUUUACAACUUCUUCAAAUACGACCCAACUGUGAUCAAGGCCUUAAAUCCAGCCUACAUUAUUUAUUAUUUCCAAAGGAACAAAAAGGACGCUUGGAUUUCUCUCGGCGGCGUUGUUCUUUGCAUUACAGGGACGGAAGCAUUGUUCGCCGACGUCGGGCAUUUCAGCGUCCGAUCGAUCCAGCUGAGUAUGUCCCUAGUGACCUACCCAGCUCUAAUAUGCGCUUAUGCAGGCCAAUCCUCGUUUCUUCGCAAGCACAGUGAUCUAGUUUCGAAUGCAUUCUACAAGUCCACUCCUGGAAGUUUGUAUUGGCCAAUGUUUGUGGUGGCAGUUUUAGCAUCAAUCAUAGCAAGCCAAGCCAUGAUCUCAGGAACUUUUUCUAUAAUUCAGCAGUCACUUUCACUUGGAUGCUUCCCAAGAGUUAAAGUGGUUCAUACUUCUGCUAAGCAUGAAGGCCAAGUUUAUGUUCCUGAGAUCAAUUACCUUCUCAUGUUGGCUUGUGUUUGUGUUACUUUGGUCUUCAAGAAUACUACAAAUAUCGGCAAUGCAUAUGGAAUAGCAGUGGUGUUUGUGAUGACACUCACGUCCUCCUUCCUAGUAUUGAUAAUGGUAAUGAUAUGGAAAACCCACAUCCUGUUGGUAAUCACUUACGUUGUCAUAAUUGGGAGCGUGGAAUUGGUGUAUCUGAGUUCAGUUCUUUACAAGUUCGACCAAGGAGGGUAUCUCCCUCUGGCUUUUGCAGCUGUUUUGAUGACAAUAAUGUAUGUGUGGAAUAGUGUGUUUAGAAAGAAGUACUUUUACGAGCUCAACCACAAAAUCUCUCCAGAAAAGUUCAAUGAAAUGGUGAGUACCACCAGCUUUAGAAGACUUCCUGGCAUGGCAUUUUUCUACACGGAGCUCGUUCAAGGCAUCCCUCCCAUCAUCAAGCAUUACAUCGAGCACGUGCCCGCUUUGCAGUCUGUGCUCGUCUUUGUCACCAUUAAAUCGCUUCCUGUCAGCAAGGUUCCAGCAGACGAACGUUUCCUCUUCCGACGAGUAGAGGCAAAGGAGAUCGACGUGUUUCGUUGUGUAGUUCGAUAUGGAUACACGGAAGUGCGCGCCGAACAUGAGCUGUUCGAGAAGAUUUUACUGGAAAGAUUGGAAGAGUUCGAAAGUGAUGGACGGGCAUUGUGUAACGGCGAUGGGAGAGUUGAAGAAGCUGAAGAGGAUAGGAAUGGAUUUGGAGGCGUUGCAGAAGCAUGGAAGCAAGGAGUUGUUCAUUUCAUUGGGGAAACAGAGGUGGUUGCUAAACCGGGUGCUGGGUUUGGAGAUAGGAUUAUGAUAAACUAUGCGUAUAGCUUCUUGAAGAGAAAUUUGAGGGAAACUGAUCAAGUCUUUGAAAUUCCUCACAAAUGUAUGCUCAAAGUUGGAAUGACCUAUGAACUUUAGACAACUUCAUCAUAAUUUGAUGUUUGUUUAUGAAGCAGAUAUAUGUAUAGAAGAUAAAGCUCUUCUGUUCUUCAAUGUUUUAAUUAAUGACACAAAAACAAUCCUUUUUAGCCU